AUGAAGCAACUAAACAUGGAUCUUCAAGCAGCUGGUGAAAAGCGUUGUUUGCAAAUUAAUGAGAUGGACGAGUUUCGUAAUGAAGCUUAUGAGAAUCCAAGGAUUUACAAGGAACGGACCAAGGCUUGGCAUGAUAAGCACAUCUCAAAGAAAGAGUUUCUACCUGGACAACAAGAAAGCUCAAAUCUCUAUGGUCAGGCCCAUUCACAGUUGUUAAAGUUUUUUCCCCAUAGAGCAGUGAAAAUUACUCAUGAUGAGAAGGGGACAUUUAAAGUGAAUGGACAACGGUUGAAACCUUAUUUAAGUGGAGAAUUUGACAACAAAAAGACCACCUUUCUUCUUGAUCCAGCCUAG